UCCUCCUUCCCAGGUGGCUUUAACAAGUUUCAGACUGAAUACUCGGAGCAUUGUGAGACGAACCUUGACAGCUCCUCACCCAGCAACUCUCCCCCUGCAUCAGUCCUUGGCCUGGGAGGGCUGCGGAUAAGCUCCGACUGCUCGGAUGGAGAAUCUGACAGGGAACCCAGCAGUGCCACAGAGUCGGACGGGAGCCCUAUCCCGAACAAUCAGCCUGCCUUUCCAGUCCAGAUCCUACCUUACCUGUACCUGGGCUGUGCCAAAGAUUCGACCAACUUAGACGUCCUGGGCAAAUACGGCAUUAAAUACAUCCUGAAUGUGACUCCCAACCUGCCAAACAUGUUUGAGCACGAUGGAGAGUUCAAGUACAAGCAGAUCCCCAUCUCAGAUCACUGGAGCCAGAACCUCUCGCAGUUCUUUCCCGAGGCCAUUGCUUUCAUUGAUGAGGCCCGUUCCAAGAAGUGUGGGAUCCUUGUUCACUGCCUCGCUGGCAUCAGCCGGUCCGUAACAGUCACUGUCGCCUACUUGAUGCAAAAACUCAACUUGUCCCUGAACGAUGCCUAUGACUUUGUGAAAAGGAAAAAAUCCAACAUUUCCCCUAACUUUAAUUUCAUGGGCCAGCUCCUGGACUUUGAGAGGACUCUGGGACUCAACAGCCCUUGCGACAACCGCUCGCCCAGUGAACAGCUCUACUUCACCACCCCCACCAACCACAACCUGUUUCAGCUGAACACGCUGGAGUCCACAUGAAGGGGAUGCUGCCUGGUUGGGAACUUGAGCAUCAAAUGGCUUCUCUUGAGCAUUUCAACUCUUACAAAAGUCUCUGUCUUGCCAGGCAGCUCUGAAACGACCAGCUUCUCUGGGCAGAGGUGCCUUUAAGAAGGCUAAUGCCGUUCUUUAGUAUCCUGAUCAAAGAGGUUUGAAGAGGUAGUCGCUUUACAGGGAGUUAUUUAAUUUGGGCGAUGUUACAGCAUUUUGAACGCAGCUGUUACCGGCAAUAACCGCUUUCCUGGGCGCAUCGGGACUGUCAGAGCACGCACACACGUGAAGAGCUACCAGGGGGUGAGCUUGCUGCGGAAAGUGAGGAGAUUUAUGCACUUGGAAACCUUGAACAAAAGGUGUUGGGCCAAGACUGUUUUAAAACCCAAGUUUACUUUUU